AUGGCACCAACAACCAAGCUUUCUCUUCCCCAUGCUCGACCCUACUCCUUCAACUUCCCCAUCGCAACCACUGCGUUUGUCAUUAUUGACAUGCAACGAGACUUUUUAGAUCCAGAUGGAUUUGGCUUUAUUCAAUGCGGAAAUCCUGAGAUCUUUGCCUCAGUCCGCAAGAUUGUACCAACCAUUCAGAAAGUAUUGGAUGUCGCCCGCUCCAUUGGAAUGCAAGUUAUACAUACCAGGGAAGGCCAUCGCCCGGAUCUCUCAGAUUUGCCUGCAGCAAAGAGGCUGAGACAGAUCAGUGCACCACAUGGCCACCAUACGAUGGGUAUCGGCGACCAAGGCCCGAUGGGAAAGCUGUUGGUGAGGAAUGAGUGGGGCCAGGAUAUAAUUGACGAUCUGAAGCCGCAACCUGGAGAGCCCAUCAUCGACAAACCAGGCAAAGGGAGUUUCUGGAACACCGGAUUUCACCGAACACUGCUGGCCAGGGGCAUCACGCAUCUGAUAUUUGCAGGCGUUACAACUGACCAAGACGGCCUUUUUGGAUACGUUGGCCAUAGUUCGGAUUUGAUUGCUCAAGCAGAGCGUCUUUGCGAGCUAAAUCCACCCUGUACCACUUUGGUUUCGGACGCAGCCCUUCCCUCAAUUGCUGAGCUGCAACGGCAAUACAAACUUGGCCUUGCGGAUCCGGUAAUGACUGUCCAGUCUGUUUUUGAUCGGAUAGAGAAGUACGACACGGUCGAUCCUGCCGUUUGGAUAUCCAAAGAAUCUCGAAAAGACGUCCUCGCGGCAGCCAAAGCACUCUCUGCGAAGUUCGCCGGAAAACCACUGCCUCCUUUGUUUGGAAUCCCAUUUGCCGUGAAAGACAGUAUUGACGUGACAGGUAUAGUCACAACUGUCGCAUGCGAGAGCUUCGCGUACACUGCCAAUUCCACAGCUCCAUCUAUCCAACAUCUGCUUGACGCCGGGGCCUUGUACAUUGGCAAAGUUAACUUGGACCAGCUUGCAACCGGUCUAUCCGGAUGCCGGUCACCGUACGGCAUCCCUCAUAGUGUCUACAGCAAGAAGCACAUUUCCGGUGGCUCCUCGUCGGGAUCAGGCGUCGCUGUUGCAGCAGGAUUAGUUUCAUUUGCCAUUGGAACCGAUACGGCAGGAAGUACUCGUGUCCCUGCGGCCUUGAAUGGCAUCGUUGGCUUCAAGCCGACCAAAGGCACUAUCUCUGCUCGAGGCUUGGUGCCUGCAUGCAAAAGCCUUGAUACAAUUACCAUCAUGGCACCUUCUAUAGCAGAUGCACGAGAGUUUGUCAACUUGGACGAUAGAUUUCCGGGGACCAAAGGAGGGGGCUUUACAUUCGGUGUUCCUCCGCGUGCUCUCCUGGAAACUUGCUCUAAAGCAUACCAAGACCUCUUCCAAGCCAGUAUUCAGCAGUUACGAUCAUGUGGUGGCAGAUUAGUCGACAUCGAUUACACCCCAUUCACCAAAGCCGGCGACCUCCUUUAUGAUGCGUCCCUUGUACACGAACGUCUCGCCUCCAUGGGCCACGAGUUCUUCGUUAAGAAUAUCGAUACCCUGCAUCCCACCACCAAGACUAUCUUUCAGUCUGCGCUUUCUUCCGAGCUCAAAGCCUGGCAAGUAUUCCAGGACCAAACCGCUCAAAUCCAAUACACCGUGCAAGCACAGAAGAUUUUCAACACCUUGGAAAGCGGAAUUGAUGUUCUGGUCGUACCAAGCGUACCAUGUCACCCUACAAUCAAGGAUAUGUUGGAAAACCCAGUGGCUCUGAAUUCCAAGCUUGGCACAUUCACACAUGCAGGCAAUGUAGUUGAUCUGUGCGGCGUUAGCGUCAAUGCUGGGUGGGUGGACAAUGAAGAGGAAGGAAAGCUACCAUUUGGAGUUACUUUUCUGGGCGGAAGUGGAUAUGAUGGCAAGAUGCUGGAUAUUGCCGCCGUUUUCGAGGAUGCUGUCACAGUAAUAGGGCGCAACUAG